GGUUGAGGACAGGAAUCGUCAGUAAGUGUCACGAUCAGCCAUGGAGCAGUUGUACUGCGUGGUUGCGGCUGUCAUAGCAGUGUGUUACCUUCUGUACUAUUAUUCUACUAGUACGUUCAAUUAUUGGCAAAAAAAAUCAAUACCAUGUGCAAGUGGGGCUGUACCAGGACUUGGACACAUGUGGCCUUUGACUUUUAUGACGAGGAAUCCAUCUGAUAUGUAUCGGGACUAUUACGAACAGUUUCCGGAGAGCAGUAUGAUUGGUUUCUACAAUUUGCGAACUCCAUCUUUGAUCCUGCGCGAUCCGGAAUUGAUAAAGAAUGUGCUGACGACGAAUUUUCAAAGUUUUGCAGCCAACGCUUUUGACAUAGACAAAAACCUCGACCCCCUGAUAGCUGUCAAUCCAUUUUUCAUCAAUGAAGACCGUUGGAAAAUUUCGCGGCAGCAGCUGAGUUCCGCCUUUACUUCGGGGAAGCUGAAGUAUUUAUACGAGUCCGUGCAAGGGGUCUGUGGCGACAUGUCCUCUUACUUGAAGAGAUUACACGACAAAAGUGGUGGAAAAGUACAGUUGGAACUCAAGGAUCUUUGCUCAAAGUAUACCGCGGACAUCGUAUCUACUGGGGCAUUUGGCGUUGAAGGCGGUAGUUUCGUCAGCGAGAAAGACGGACCGUUCAGAGAAGUAGGGAGAGCUAUGUUCGAACCGUCGUUUUGGAAAGGAUUAAAGCAAAUAUUCGUGUUUUUCAUUCCGAUUGCCGCGCAAUUCCUUAAGCUGCGCGUCAUACCGACUAAGGCAGAUAAGUUCUUCAGAGGCAUCGUCAAAGACGUGCUCAGGCAGAGAGAGACGCAUGGCAUCGAGCGACCCGAUUUUUUGCAAAUAAUGAUCCAGGCGAGGAAACUCGGCAAAGUUGACUACACCUUCAAUGAAGAAUACAACGAUGAUGUGAUCACUUCCCACGCUGCCUUGUUUUUCAUUGAUGGUUACGACACGUCCAGCACCACCAUGAGCUUUGCCCUUUAUCAAUUGGCCGCUCACCCUGCAGUUCAACAGCGUCUACGCGAGGAAGUGAAUGCCGUUAUCGAAAAAUAUGGCGGCCUAACCUACGAGGCUGUUCAAGAUAUGUCGUACAUGGAUAUGGUUCUGAACGAGUCAGCGAGACUCUUUCCUGCCUUUGCUACUAUGAUAAAACGCUGCACCAAGGAAAUCGAGCUCACUGGUUCGGACGGGCUUACCUGUCAAGUCACUCCUGGGACUAGUGUUGCUAUAAUCACUACGGGCUUACAUAGGGACCCCAGGUUCUGGCAGAAUCCUGAUGUCUUCGACCCGGAACGUUUUUCGGAGAAGAACAAGAAAGACCGACACAAAUUCGUAUUUCUUCCUUUCGGGGAAGGUUAUCGCAUCUGUCCUGGCCAGAGGAUGGCUACUCUUCAGAUGAAGGCUGGUGUUGCGACGAUCCUUCAAAAAUACAUCUUGGAUGUAUCGUCGCGUACGAAAGAGCCGAUCCAACUCGAUCCUAGGUAUUUCAUGACUUAUCCACUCGGAGGACUAUGGGUAAAUCUUACACCCAUAUAAGAAGAAUUUCU